CUGUCAACAGCUUCUUCGUCCGUCGACGUUUACGUGCACGACUACACCGGCGACAUAUACGACCCCGACCUUAUCCGAUACAAGGACAACGGCCGCUGGGGCAAUAACCGGAUAAAAAUCGGGCCCUCCGCUGACGCACAAUUCAAAGCUCUCGAGGUUCACGGAGUCGUCAUCGAGGGCAACCAAUUGACCCAACUAUGGAACGACCUCACACUCACUGCGCCGGACGGCCAAAAGUUCUGUCUCACAGCUAACAGGAGCGGCAUCUGUUACCUCCUCGUCAACAGCCCGUCCGUCAUGCGGCUGCGGGUCAACGACUACUUCGGGUGGGCCAAGUACGGCGUCAAACCUCCAAUCAGCACGUCGACGAUCUGGACCAAGUGCGACUUGAGCAGUGGUGCCACGUUGGUGGAUGUAGGGCAGCUGUUGAAGAACAAGGAGAAGGAGACGGUGGAGGAGAAGAGCAAGGAGCUGGAGGCGAAGGAGAAGGAAGUGGUUGUCAUGAGGAAGCUGGUGGAGAGGAGCAAGGAAGUGGAGACUCUGUGGGAGAGAUCCGUGGAAGAGAAGGACAACCAGCUGGCUAUGCUAAUGGAGAGGAACGAGGAAGUGGAAUCUCUGUGGGAGAAGUCCGUGCAAGAGAAGGACAGGCAGUUGGCCAUGUGGGAGAAAUCCGUGCAAGAGAAGGACAAGCAGCUGGUGAAGCUCAUGGAUGCCAUGCAAGCCUUGAUUUACGAGGUUUGA